AUGAUAAAAAUACUCAACAAACUAAGAACAGAAGGAAACUUCCUCAAUACGACAAACAGCAUCUACAAAAAGCUUCAGCUAAUCAAACUUAUGGGCUUCCCUUGUAGCUCAGUAGUAAAGAAACUCCUUGCCAAUGAAGGAGAAACAGGAUCGAUCCCUGGGUUGGGCAGAUACCCUGGAGAAGGAAAUGGCAGCCCACAUCAGUAUUCUUGCCUGGAAAAUCCCAUGGACAGAAGAACUUGGCGGGCUGUAGUUCAUAAGAGUCUCAAAAAGGUUGAACACAACUUGGUGACUAUAACAACAACAAUCAAACCUAAGGAUGAAAAUUUGAUCAUUUUCCUCAUAAUAUCAGAAACAAGGCAAGGAUGUCCUUUCUUGACAUUUUUAUUCAACACUGCAUUGGAGUUUCCAGCCAGAGAGGUGGCGGGAGGGGUGGGGGUGGGGCGGGAAUGA